GAAACUCCGCCCAUUAGGUGUCCUUCCAACCUCUCAACUUCCCCCUUCCCCUGGAAGUUGGGGAGGGGAGUUCGGGCCAAGAGGCCCCUUCUUCCCACAGUUGAGGACCGUUAUGUAAUCUGGAUUGUGAAAUACAGGAAAGGCCCGUUCUCCAUGCCCCGGGGCUAACUGCUCCGUGGGGGCCCCCCUCAUGGGAAGCCCUCCCCCCAACAGCCCGCCCCCGACUAAUGCAGUAGAGCUCUGGGCGUGGAGUUUUUGGGGAUGCUAUUCCUGUUUCCCUGGCCUCCCAGGGAGCUAUGGGGUCCUAGGGCGCCCGGGGGCCGUGGGGAAGUCAAGGGGUCAUGCCAUUUCGUCUGAGCGCGCAGCGCUGGGCACCACCUGUUGCGGAGCGUGGCGGGGCGGGGUUGGGGGAACAAGGCUCACCUGUGCGAGGGCCAGGCCAAGGGCUAGUGCCCCGCGAGAAGCUGAACCCAGGUCCGGACACCCGCCCGCGCCUCGGGCUUCCGCCGGGUCAGCUGACUAUUUAUUGCGGAACUGCGCGCUGGGCUGUGCCGCUUGCUGCUGCCGCGCUCCGUGUUCUGUGCCUGCGCUCAGCGCCGCGCGUUUGCCCGGUCGCCAUGGCCGGGCUCGUGGUCAGUGGAACUCAAGUGUCCUACAUAGGCCAGGACUGCAGAGAAAUUCCAGAGCACCUCGGCAGGGACUGUGGACAUUUUGCAAAAAGGCUUGAUCUGAGUUUUAACCUUCUGAGGUCACUGGAAGGACUGAGCGCGUUCGGGAGCCUGGAGGAACUCAUCCUGGACAACAAUCUGCUCGGGAACGACCUCGUGUUGCCAGGGUUACCCAGGCUCCAUACCUUAACCCUCAACAAGAACCAGAUAUCCUUGGCUCUGCCCGCUGCCUCCACUCUCUGCCCUGCCCCGCAGUGGUCCCCGCCCGCAUACCCCCUCCCCUGUGCUCCCCUCCCCCGCCCCACACAAAUACCUGCGAAAUGUCAAAUGAGUUUUAUGUGUCAGCUAAAUUAAAGUAUGUGAAAUACAGUCCAUGGGCAGACAAAGCGUUCUGUCUUCUGGCACUCGGGACACUUCAGAGUAAUUUAUUAUAGGUCAUUCAUAAAUGAAAUGCACCAUUAUAUCUUCCUGUUGCUCCAUUUUAGUGUAGAGAUCUAAGUUAUGGCUGUGAAGAAAUCUUUUUAAUAGAUAAAAAUAGAGAAAGAAAAUAAUGUCACUGCUGCUGAGAAGGCAAAGCCCGGUUCUAGUUGCUUGGGCUUGUGUGGGAGGGCGACCUCUGGUGGGAAGUACGGGGUAGUGCCUCUAAGCGAACUUGGCCUUCACGGAGGUUUCUGGAACGCUCUGGUGCAGGCCUGGGGAACAGUUCUGGCAAAGCAGAGGGGGAAGGGGCAAAGGUGCGAGAUAUGUGUGAAGCCCAGGGGUAACUCUGCCCUCCGUGGUGUUUGAUGUACUAGGGUGAUGAGAGAGGUCUAGCAGAGUCUUUCUAUUGCAUGCUGUCCCCUUAAGUGCUGUCCCCUGCCAGCCUGGGAUGAGGCACAGGGGUAUUAAUGGCUCUGGAUUCUAUAGGGAGGCUGAGAGUGGAAUCGGAAGCUUUCUGCAGUAUAAGGCACUUAGCUCCUCUGUACAGUUAUGGGUCUCCAUGCUGCCACAGCACCAGCUGGAAGGCAGGGAGGAUUAUCAGUUUUGCUAAUUCCUGUAUCCAUCACACCUAGAAAAAUGCUUGGCAUGGAACUGAGGUUCAGUGAAUGUUUGUGGGAUGAAUGAAUGAAUGAAUGAUUAUCAUCAGCUGUUCUUUAUUGAGUGGGUCAGGCACUGUGCUGGUUGCCUUUAAGUAUAUUAUUUUUUAUUCUUACCAAACCCUGGGAGAUGGAUGCAGUUUCUCCAUUUACCUGAAUGAGGAAGGAGGUCAAGCAUGGACCCAAAGCCAGACAUUUACCAAAAUGCUAGAUCCCAGAUUCAGUCUUAACUGUGGCUAUAUCCAAAAUUCUUUCCAUUCUCUUGUGUUGCUUCAGACUUGAAGUCUACUCACCUUGUUUUGUUAGUGAAACAUUUGAGAUCUAGAGUAAUUCAGUCACUUGUUCAUGUUUUCAUGGCGAGUUAGAACUAGAAAAGGGAUCAGAGCCUUUUCUGUAGAGUAUGAAAUAAAACCAUGUAUGCAUAUGUCCACUUUAAGAAUGAGAGGCAAAAUCAUUUAUUAACUGAUGUUUAUACUUUAAGUCAUAAGACAGUAUUUUCUUUUUAGGUAAAAUAUACUACGAUGGUCAUUAUAAAUUGGCACUUUAAUAGAAGUGGAAGGCGAGGGCUUACAAAUAAAUAUCAGUCUAUAUCAUAAGGCAAUAUUGAUGGGUUUUUUUCCUCUCCUAUCCUUUGGUCAACCAAGUUUCUUAGUCAUUGUUUGAAAAAUUAUUAUAGUCCCUGUAUCACUGUCUUAGGUGAUCACUUGGAUGAUAUUCUUAAAUCAUUCAAGAACAGAAGGGUUAUUAGAAUAGAACUGGAUGGUAAAUUUUCUCCUUUGGGCCCUAGUGCUUAUAUCCUGUGUCCCAUGCCACUGUAGAGUCCUAGCCUUUGAACUUGGGUUCAUGAGUCAGCUUAAUCAUGUUUAGUUGUGUGGCUAUGGACAGGUCAGCCUCUGAAAACCUCUGUUUCUCAUUUUGUGUGUAUGUGUGAGAUCACAGCUUUCACUUGCCUAUUAGGAGAACUGGUUAAAAAGAAGAAAAUAUAUGAAAGCCUUUUUUGCAUGUUGGAAUCCAAGUGCCAUGAUAAUGUGAGCAAAACAGGUUUCUGCAUGGGUGAAAAACCAGCUACUUCUGCCCUGGGAUAUUUAUUGUGACGUUGGCAAUAUAAGAAAUGGUGCUGUGAGAAGGACUUCCAGAACAGCCCACAGAUCAACCCACAAGGACUUUGUCUGGCAAAUGCUGUACAAAUGCUAAUCCCAAACUCAAUUCCUCUUGUCCCUCAGCAUAACUUCCUGGCCAGUUCUCUGUCGCAUUUAUUGGUGCAUGCUAAGAAAUGCAAGCUCAUUUCAGCACCAGCCUAAGAAAAACAAGUAAAAGAAGAGCACACAAAACAAGAACAUCAUUUUGCAUAAGCCCAGUCUACAGAUGACCUAGUGGGUGAUUUUUUUUUUAUUGACCUCUGAUUUAUUUAAUAAUCAAUGAAAAGUAUUUGUUGGAUACUUAAGUGUUCAAAAUAGGUAGGUUAUCGUAUUGCUUUCCACUGUACCACUGGCAUUUGAGGAGCAUUGAGUAA